AUGGCGUCUCUGGAAAAAUCGCGACAUAUUAAAUAUUGGCAACGCUGCUUCACCAACUAUCUUCCAUCUGCAUACACAGGCAACGACUCUACCCGCUUGACAUUCGCAUUCUUCAUUGUUUCAGCCCUCGACUUACUCUCUGUGCCGCUGACACCCAAGGAGCGCUCAUCUAUCCGCUCCUGGGUUUUGAGUCUACAACAUCCCGAUGGCGGCUUCUGCGGAAGCUCUUCCCACGUCUUGUCAGGACAGGACGCAGCCAAGGGGUCAGCAAAUCUCGCUGCUACGUUUUUCGCAUUACUCGUAUUGGGUCUUGCAGCUGGGACUGAUGAGGAAGCUGCCGCGGCAUUUGCAGGCGUAGAACGCCGAAAGCUGCUUCGAUGGGUGAAGAAGUUGCAGAGACCUGAUGGGAGCUUCGGUCAGGUGUUAUGGGAGGGAGAGGCUGUGGGUGGACAUGAUACGCGGCAUGGUUAUCUGGCGAGCAGCAUUCGGUGGAUGCUACAAGGGGAAGGGGAUGGGGAGGAUGAUUUUGAUGCUGAGUCAUUGAUUGAUCAUAUACGACAUACACAGACGUAUGAUGGGGGCGCAGCAGAAAUAUCGGACCACGAGUCUCACGCUGGCUACGCCUACUGCGCCAUUGCUGCAUUAUACAUGCUAGACCGACCAUCGUCAGCAUCGGCGGCAGCUCAUAAAAGUGAAGCAGUUGCUAAGGGCGUGCCAGAUCGCGAUGCUUUAGUACGAUUUCUAGUUUACAGACAGUUCCAUUACCUCGCUAAAGCAGAAGAAGAUGACAGUGAGGAAGACGGCGAGAAUUAUAUACAGGCCAAACUUGGCGAUUUAAGUAUAGGAGACGAGUGUGUUCACGUCGGGUAUAAUGGGCGAUGGAAUAAGAAGGCUGAUACGUGUUAUUGCUGGUGGGUUGCUGGAACACUUACGAUGGUGGAUAGCUUUGAUGCUAUCAAUAUACCACCCUCCAGGCGGUAUCUCCUGGAUAUAACUCAGCAUCAAAUAGGCGGCUUUUCGAAAUACGCCGGCGGACCGCCUGAUUUGUAUCAUUCGUAUCUGGGGUUGGCGGCCCUGGCACUCUUGGGUGAUGCUGACUUGAAGGAGUUUGAUGCUGGGUUGUGUUGCAGCAAGGAGACGGCGCGGAAAAUAGAAUUAGCACGGGGUGGGUUACUGAGAAGCCAGGACGGGUUUGACGGAGAUGGAUUCUGGGAGAGUAUUCAAAAUGGGAGUUAA